AUGCCGCGCUUCUUGAAUACCUUGACGGGGGAGUUCGAGUGGUAUAACGACCCGCGAAAAGUCAUCUACGCGAUUCUGUCUCACACUUGGCGGUCCUCCGAAGAUGGUGGCGAACAGUCCUUUGGCGAUGUUCAAAAUAUUCAAUCUACCGUGGCUGAGGGGGUCCGGAAACAGCAAGGCAUCUGCACAGUCGCGCGCAAGGCCGGUUUCCGCCUCAUCUGGAGCGACGCAUGCUGCAUCGACAAGACGAGCAGUGCGGAGCUUUCCGAAGCCAUCAACUCAAUGUACGAGUGGUAUAGGCUCUCGGACAUGUGCUACGUCUAUCUCGAAGAUGUCCCCGACGACGACGUCCCAACAGACUCCACUUCCUAUUUCUGUAUCAGCCGAUGGCACGACCGUGGAUGGACGUUGCAGGAGCUCAUUGCGCCCGAGCGCGUGGAGUUCUUGACGCGAACAUGGCACUUUCUCGGCACGAAGAUUGGGCUUGCAUCGACUCUGGAGAAUAUCACGGGGGUCAAUUUCGAUAUCCUGACGGGCCGUGCGCCUGUGGACUCGGUGAGCGUUGCGCGGAGGAUGUCCUGGGCCGCAGAGCGAGAGACGACGCGCAUCGAGGACAGGGCGUACUCGCUCAUGGGCUUAUUCGGUGUCCACAUGUCACCAAUAUACGGCGAAGGCAACAACGCGUUCCUCCGUCUCCAGGAGGAAAUCAUCAGGAAGGUUCCCGAUCAAAGCAUCUUCGCCUGG